GUCUUUCGUCGCCGCUGUCGUCGUCUCAAGGAAGACUCUCUCGCACGGUAAGGAAGUAAAAUCUUAUCAAAUUAUGGAGCUCUUUUCUUUGCUUGUUUCGUCACCCGUCUUGUCGGUCGGUCGUCGUCGUCGUCGGGUUAACGUACAGUGUGGACCUGGUGGGUUUUCUUUCCCUGCGCAAUGACUACAGUACGGUACGCACUCUAUUGUAUGCAAUCAUUAUUAGUUGGUCGACCGACAUACCAACCCUUCUUGUUCCUCUCUCGCUCCGAGCUCGUAUAUUCUCUCUUCCUUGCCCAUGUCAUAAUUACAAGCACAUUUAAUCUUCCAAUUACUCGAACAAUGGUUGGCCAACUUAAUUACCCUUUCCAUGCCGCAUGGGAGCGCUCUCGUCACGCAGGCGAACCAAAGUUCUACUUGUCAUCGCUACCAGUAUCUCUGACAUAUAAUUAAAAGAAUAAAAACAAUUCAUUAUCAUCAUCCUCGUCAGUGGUCGCCCUUUCAUACUCUUUGUGUGAAUGACUUUGGUCCC